AUGCCUAAGCAAAUCAAUGAGAUUAAAGACUUCCUCCUCACGGCCCGGAGGAAGGAUGCGCGAUCCGUGAAGAUCAAGAGAAGCAAAGAUGUGGUCAAGUUCAAGGUUCGAUGCUCCAAGUACCUUUACACCCUUUGUGUGUUUGAUACCGAGAAAGCUGAUAAGUUGAAGCAAUCACUUCCUCCAGGUUUGAAUGUUCAAGACCUAUAA